UUUUUCUUUUUGUAUCCGAAACAAGAUUUGCCAACCCACAUUACUUAAAUUACUUACCUAUCUUUCCCUAACCUACUCAACAACAAAGACAAUUACAUAUACCCUUCAUUUCUUUAAUCCCCUAUAAGUGGAUUAUGUUUCCAUUAAGCUCUUUUGCAUAUAAAUAGGACUCGUCCAAUACAAUCCACAAUGCAACCGUAUUCUUUUUUCCUUCAUAUUACCAUUUCUUGUAUUAAAGCUUAGAGGGGGAAUAGCUUAAAGUUCCAUUCUUUUCUUGAUUCUUAAUUCUUGAUUCUUGAUUCUUGAUUCUUGAUUCUUAUUUGGUUUGUGGAAAUGGGUAGUGUUGGAUUGUUGAAGAAUUCCGCCAUGGUUUGUGCUCCAUUAAUGGCCCCAUCAGUGGAGCAAUUGGUUCAUGGUAUGCUUCAGGCAAAAGCACAAGGUGCAGAUUUAGUUGAGAUUAGGCUGGAUGGUAUCAACAACUUCCAACCCCAGAAAGAUCUUCAACUCCUCCUAAAUAAUAAUCCACUUCCUGUUCUCAUUGUUUACAGGCCAAUAUGGGAAGGAAAUGAGUUUGAAGAGGAUGAUGACCACAUCCACAAGCAGUUGGAAGUCCUUCGGUGGGCUAAAGAAUUGGGAGCUGAUUAUAUUGAGUUGGACCUCAAGAUAGCUAGUGACUUCACGAAAAAAGAAAAGUCGAGGUGGAGUAGUGGUUGUAAAGUAAUUGCAUCAUGCUUUGUGGACAAUGUGACCUCAAAAGAAGACCUCAGUCAAGUUGUUGCACGCAUGCAAUCUACUGGGGCCGAUAUCCUCAAAAUUGUUACAAAUGCAAAUGACAUUACAGAACUAGAGAAAAUGUUUCACUUGCUUUCACAUUGCCAGGUGCCACUUAUUGCAUACUCUCUUGGGGAAAGAGGUCUCAUAAGUCAGUUGUUGGGCCCGAAAUUUGGUAGUGUCCUAGUAUAUGGAUCUCUUGAUUGUAAUGCUGUACCUGGUCUGCCUACUCUCGGCAGCCUUAGACAAGCCUAUGGAGUUGAUUUUUUGGAUACCGAUACUAAAGUGUUUGGGCUUAUCUCUAAACCAGUGGGUCAUAGUAAAGGACCUAUUUUGCAUAAUCCUACAUUUAGACAUGUGGGGUACAAUGGAAUUUAUGUUCCAAUGUUUGUCGAUGAUCUUAAGGAGUUCUUCAGGGUCUACUCAAGUCCCGACUUUGCUGGUUUCAGUGUUGGGAUCCCUUACAAGGAAGCAGUGGUGAGUUUUUGUGAUGAAGUCGAUCCACUGGCUAAGUCUAUAGGGGCUGUAAAUACUAUCAUACGGAGGCCUUGCGACGGAAAGCUAAUUGGUUAUAACACAGAUUGUGAGGCUUCUAUAACAGCCAUUGAGGAUGCUUUGAAAGUAAAUGGAGCAGCUUUUCUUCCUUCUCCACUCGCGGGUAAACUGUUUGUGGUGGUGGGUGCUGGAGGUGCAGGAAGAGCAUUGGCAUUCGGAGCGAAGAGCAGGAGAGCUGAAAUUGUGAUUUUUGACAUUGAUUUUGAUAGAGCAAAGGCUCUUGCUGCUGCAGUUUCUGGUGAAGCUCUGCCAUUUGAGAAAUUAGCUUCUUUUCAGCCUCAGAAAGGUGCGAUCCUUGCCAAUGCAACACCUAUAGGAAUGCAUCCAAAUAAAGAUAGGAUACCUGUUUCCGAGGCAAGCUUGAAGGAUUAUGUAGUGGUGUUUGAUGCUGUUUAUACACCUAGAAAGACUAGUCUGCUGAAAGACGCUGAGGCUGCUGGAGCAAUCACUGUCAGUGGAGUUGAAAUGUUUCUUAGACAGGCCAUUGGCCAGUUCCACCUUUUCACCGGAACUAAAGCACCCGAAGAAUUCAUGCGCGAUAUCGUUAUGGCAAAAUUCUAAUUAUCAAGAAUUUCCAUGAAAUUUGUUUCUCUUCAGAAUCAGGGCCGGCUCUAAUGUUGUCCAAGUAAGGCUUUUGCCUUAGCCCCCAAAUUAUGGGGGGCCCAUUUUUUUAGAAAUAAUAGAUUUAUAAGUAUUUAAAAAAAUGCUAAUAUUUAUGUAGUACUUUUCAUAAAAAAAGGUGGAGUUUUCUAUAACAGUUGUCUCAAAUUAAUAAUGUCUCAAGAUAGAUUCAA